AUGAUCUCAGACGUUACCGUCGAUGCAGACUUGACUUACAAGGAUGGUUUAUACCCUCAUCCAAGUGAUUCGUGCUAUGAUGAUCCUACCACACACAUUCCUCCCUCUCCAGGUAUCAGGAACUGCCAGCUUUCUCCCAAGCUCGAAGACUUCUCUUUUGGGUAUCGGGCGCGGGAGUCAUUUUCCCGCCUGCUAAUUUCGGCGUAUGCGGCCGCCAUUAAAAACCACGCAAAAGAUGAGUUUUUGCGAGAUGUGAUGAAGCUAUGGCUCUGUCUUUUCCCAGUAGACCUGCUGCCUGAUCAGUCUUAUCAGGCCUACAAGCAGAGUGGUCGUCUGACUAUGUCGGAAGUAGUGCUUCCAUUCACACUCAGACACUAUCAACAAGACUUGUCACGCCGCUUCAUAUCGAAGAAUUUGCCGGAUACCCCAGAUAGGUGUAUUGAACGGGACACAAUUGUUCAUCAUACACUCCUCAAGCAUAAGAUUGCUAGUGACCGUCAAGUUGAUAUCGCCCAUCGCCGUUUUGAUCGUGAUUUGCCCCGGGACCUAUUCCAUUCGCUGCUCUUGAAGGCGAUCGAGGAUUGCCUCGAUCGGGGUGUCCGUAUUCACGAAUCUGCAGUCACUUGCGUUGCCGACUGGCGAAAAGACCUUCAGAAUGCAUUCAUGCAUUGGUUCUAUCAUCAACGCAUGCCGCAGUCAUUUAUCAUCCUAUAUCCUCCUUUUGCUCCGCACAAACCUUUCCGUGAGGAUUUGCCUGUGUUCGCAGUGGAUGCGAAAGUAUUUUGGAGGCCUCCGCAUAUUCCACCUCACCCACACAUACCCAUGCCCGGUGACUCGGAGACCGAACUCGAGGAAUUGGAGGAUUCAGCAGACUCUGUUUAA